AGUGCAUUGAUUGUUUCCGUUUUUCGUUAUUUAAUAGUAUCUCUCGGGUACAUUUGUGCUUCAAGUAGAAGAAAUACCAACUCGCGAAGUUACGGAGACUAAUCAUUCGUUAGAGAACCAAGAAUCUGCUGGUAAGGUUUGUAUCCGAAAUAAUUUGGACAUGUUCAAAACGCGGUAAAUUUGAGGCUCGGAAAAUAGGAAUGUCGCCGGGAUUCGACCAAAAGUCGUAAAAACGUUCUGGAUUGAAGUCAUACGAAGUCAAAAAACCCAAUCGCAGGGAUAAACGACACUCGGCGUAAACGUACUAGACAACUGUGUUGUGGUUAUUUAACGAAGUUUUUAUGUACCGUCGAUGGGGUUCAGAAUAAGCCAUGGGGGUGAGAUUGAGGCAAACACGGAGAAACACUUUGAUGAAUUAUUAAACAAUAACUAUCUGUACUACAGUUAAUUAUCAUAGAUUGGAAGUAGUAAAAACAUGUCCCCUAUUAAAUGGCUCACAGCUUUCGAAAAUAUUCACAAUAUUUGUCAAGAUACGGUAUAGCAACCCGCGCAUGAUGAGGCAUCUUUACUGUGUGAUGAAUAUGCCAUUCAGCAUGGUGCCAGGCACUUAGGAGGCGAUUGGCCAUUGAGGGAUACGAUGUGCGCAGAUACAAAUACAUCGGUUCGUGGGUGUCCGAUUGGUGUCCAUGGUGAUCAGACGGUCAAACAAUUUUGAGUUACCCGUAGAGAAGUUUGACCGACUUCGUCAAGCAAGCAUGGAUCUGUACGACGAAAUGUACGAAAUUAAAAAUGGUCGAGAAAUAGACGAUAGCCCACCGCCUGAUCUGGACGUAUCGGGCUCAUUGAAUUUUGUGAAUGAGGAACCAUUGGAUGACGACAAACAACAAGACAAGGAUGAAGAUGAGCCGAUCAAUGAGUUGGGAGAUGGGACUGCAAAAGUUCCAAAAAGUAGCGAUAUGUUCAUCAAACGGGAUAGUUUGUUGAAACAAGAUUCACUGACUGAUAGCAGUGCCAGUUUGUCCGAGGAUGAGAAAGAAAUACCGAAGAGUUUGAUAGAAGAAAAAGAAUUCAAUCCCAAAUUCUACGAUAACAUUGAGGCUCCUAGCGAAUUGAAGGAAUUGUUCCAAUAUAUAACCAGAUUCUCGCCUCAACGGGUUAGCAUCGAUUAUAAGCUGAAGAUAUUUGUUCCUGAUUUCAUACCUUCAGUUGGAGAUAUUGAUGCUUUCCUGAAAAUUUGUUCUCCCCCGUUCAUAAGCGAAGACAAGAAAAAACCAUUGGCGGAACACAUACGUAGACUUGGCCUUGAGACUUUGGACGAACCAUGCGGAGAGCAAAGUGAUCGUGUGCUGCUUCAAAUGAAGAUGAGAUCGAUUUUCACGAAGCCCUUGGAAACGCCUUCAGCGAUCGCUAAAAGUCCGAGAGAUAUUGACCGAUGGAUUACUGAGAUUCAAUCACUUAAGGCAAAUCAAUCGGCACAGAAUGUAAACUCGUUGAAGUCGCAGAUAAAUAUCGACUCGCUGAUGUCCGAGUGGCCCGAGGAGAUUGAGAAAAUGUUGGACACAGUAGGGUUCCCUUCCGCUGAUUUGGAUUGUUCUUUGUCUAGAUAUAUUGGAAUAGUGUGCAAUAUGUUCGAUAUACCAGUGCAGGAAAGUAACGGACAGGCGGGAUAUAUCCAGGCCUUGUAUAAUUUAUUCAAUCUCUAUUUAGCUGUUAAACAACAAGCUAAUGUUUGAUUUCCGUUCUAACAUGACUAUCUACGAUAUUAAUCAACAUUCAACAAAAUUCAAUAAAUAAUUUCCAUAGCUAACUUAUUUUAAUAUUCGAACGUAUGAGUCGCCAAUUCCGAAUUUGUAGAAAGCCAGAAACGGAAAGUAUGUUAUCAGAAAUCUAGAAAUAAUCAUCUGACCAUUCAGAUACCAUCUAAAAAACGCAUAACCUAAUAGUACUUCAUGGACAAGCAGUAAGAAAUACAGCACAAAGCGACUGUAUCUGCUAAAAUUGUGAUAUUUCAAUUCGGAAUUCUCCGCCGAUGUUUGUUCAUCCUUCCAGUAGUGAUAACCAGGUAUUUCAGUUAGACGUGAAGUAAGGAAGAGGAAUGCAUCGUAAUCUAAGAAAGGGUUGAAACACCAUAAUCCCUCGAUUAACGCUCUGCCCAUCUUCUCGAAACUUUCUUUGCGCGCGAUCAGCGCUGGUCGUAGGAUCUGUUUCUGGACCUGACGCAUGCGUUCCUCCGUUCCGCUCAAGCUGUCCGUGCAAAGGUUGUAGCUGAAUGAUGAUAAAUAAAAAAAACUGUGUAUUAUAUUAUUUUAACC